AUGGCCGCCGCGCCGCGCCGCACGUCGACCUUCGGCGAGGCCGGCCCGCUCGGCGCCGACAAGUCCCCGGACCCGACGGUGCCCCAGCCCGACGGCGUCGACGGCGGCGGCGAGGAGGGCGAGGAGCUCUUCGGCGAGGUUUGCAGCAAGGAUUUCCUCGGCUUCGGCUUCGGCGGCCGGUCCUACGGCGACCAGCUCCUCGACGCCGUGAAGAAGACGAAGCAGCACUGCGCCGUCCGGGUCCGCGUGCGGUCGCUCGCGCCGAGCGGCGUCGCCGUCGUCUGGGUGCAGCACGACUUCGCGUUCCUCGGCGGGAGCCUCGGCUGCGCCGAGGGCGAGCGCGUCGCGCGCGCGUUCGAGCUCGCCACGGAGCGGCGGCUCUGCGUCGUCGUCGCGUGCCGCACGGGCGGCGCGCGCAUGCAGGAGGGCACGCUGAGCCUCAUGCAGAUGGCCAAGGUCAGCGUCGCCGUCGCCGCGCACCGCCGCGCGGGCCUCCCGUUCGUGAGCGUGCUCGAGGACCCGACCUACGGCGGCGUGUCGGCGUCCUACGCGAUGCAGGCGGACGUCAAGGUCGCCGUCGCGGGCGCGCGCAUCGGCUUCGCGGGGCCGGGCGUCAUCCUCAACACCAUGUUCGACGCGGACGAGGCCAACUACGACGCCGCCUGUCCGGCGGAGUUCCAGUCCGCGGAGUACUGCCUCCGCCAGGGCGCCGUCGACGUCGUCGCGGCCGACGCCGCGGGCUUGGCAAAGACCGUCCACGACGUCGCGGCCUGCCUCGCGGCGCGCGGGGCCGCGGCCGCGCCCGCGCCGCCGCCCGCGCCGCCGUCGGCGGCGGACCUCGCGGCGACGCCGGACUACACCGCGUCGCGCGCGUUGGACCGGCCGCAGUACGAGGAUUUACGGGAUUUGCUCUUCGCCGACUUUGUGGAGCUCGCCGGCGACGGCCGCGUCGGCCGGGACGCGUGCCUCUCGGGGGGCCUCGCGACGUUCCGCGGGGGGCCGCCCGUCGUCGUGCUAGGCUGCCGCAAGGGCCACAGCGCCGCGGAGCUCGCGGCCCACAACUACGGCAUGCCGAGCCCCGCGGGCUACCGCACGGCGCUGAAAUUGUUCCGCCUCGCCGAGCGCUUCGGCCUGCCCGUCGUGACGUUCGUCGACACGUGCGGCGCGUGGCCGUCUUUUGAGGCCGAGGGCGCGGGCCAGUCCGAGGCCAUCGCGACGAAUCUAACGGCCAUGGCGGGCCUCGCCGUGCCCAUUAUCACGGUGGUGCUCGGCGAGGGCGGCUCCGGCGGCGCGCUGGGCAUCGCCAUGGGCAACCGCGUCGCCAUGCUGUCGCAGGCCUACUACGGCGUCAUCUCGCCCGAGGGCGCCGCGUCCAUCUUGGGGCGCUACGCCGACGACGACGACAAGAAGGCGCGGUUCCCCGCGGACUGCCAGGCCCUCGCGGAGGCCCAGGGCAUCUACGCGCACCAGCUCGAGAAGCUCGGCGUCGUCGACGCCGUCCUCGUCGAGGCCGUCGGCGAGACGGCGGCGCGGUGCCCGGAGACGGCCGCGCGCGUGGGCGCCUUCGUCGCGACGGCGCUCGGCGAGCUCGGCGCCCUCGACGCGGUCCAGCUCGUCGCGGACCGCCACGGCAAGUACCGCGCGCUCGGCGAGUUCGCGGAGCUCGACGCGGCCGCGCGCGCGGCCGCGGUCGCCGACGCCGACGCGCGCGGGGCCGCGCGGCCGAAGCGGGCCGCGCCGUCGACGGCGCCCUGCAAGCUCGUGGCCCACCUCGCGGCCCAGGUCGUCGGCGGCGAGCGGUCGCGGUUCCGGGGCCUCGCGCCGGUAAACGCGCCGCUCGAGGGGCCCGCGGCGCCGGCCGUCGAGCCGCCCAAGGCCGUCGAGAACGCCAAGACCGUGCUGGACCGGUCCGGGCCCGAGGCCAUGGCCGCCUGGGUGCGGUCGCAGAGCCGCGUGCUCGUGACGGACACGACGAUGCGCGACGCGCACCAGUCGCUCCUCGCGACGAGGGUCCGGACGCUCGACCUCGUCCGCGGCGCGCGCGUCGCGUCCGCGCUGCUCCCCGACGCCUUCUCCUUCGAGUGCUGGGGCGGCGCGACCUUCGACGUGUCCUACCGGUUCCUCAAGGAGGACCCCUGGGACCGGCUCCGCGCGCUGCGCGCGGCGGCGCCGAACGUCUGCACGCAGAUGCUCAUCCGCGGCGCGAACGCCGUCGGCUACACGUCCUACCCGGACAACGUCGUCACCGAAUUCGUGCGCCUCGCGGCGCUCAACGGCAUGGACGUCUUCCGCAUCUUCGACUGCUUCAACGACGUCGGCCAGAUGCGGACGUGCGUCGACGCGGUCCGCGCCGCGGGCAAGGUCGCGGAGGUCUGCGUCUGCUACACGUCGGACUGCCUCGCUUCCGACGUCUACGACGUGGCCUACUACGCGGGCGUCGCCGCCGAGGCCGCCGCGGCGGGCGCGCACUUGAUCGGGAUCAAGGACAUGGCGGGGCUCCUGAAGCCCGCGGCGGCCGCGCCGCUCCUCGCGGCGAUCCGCGGCGUCUGCGACCUGCCCGUGCACUUCCACACGCACUGCACGUCGUCGGCGUCCGUCGCCGUCGCGCUGGAGAUGACGCGCGCGGGCUGCGACGUCGUCGACUUCGCGACGGCCGCGAUGGCGGACCUCACGAGCCAGCCGUCGCUCAACGCGUUCUGCGCGGCCAUGGAGGGCCUGGAGCGGGCGCCGGGCAUCGACUACAUGCGCCUCGAGCCCUACGACGUGUACUGGGCCAAGGUGCGGGCCAUGUACGCGCCCUUCGAGACGGGCAUGCUCGCGGGCUCCGCGCGCGUCUUCGACCACGAGAUCCCGGGCGGCCAGUACGCGAACCUCUUCGUGCAGUGCCAGUCCAUGGGCCUCGCGGACCGCUGGGAGGAGGUGCUCGACGCCUACCGCGACGUCAACAAACUCUUCGGGGACGUGGUCAAGGUCACGCCGUCGUCGAAGUGCGUGGGCGAUCUGGCGUUGUAUCUGGUGACGCGGAAAAUGACGGCGGCCGACGUGCUCGACGGUUCCAAGACGCUGGACUACCCGGACAGCGUCGUCGGCCUCAUGGAGGGGCGCCUCGGGUUCCCGCACCGGGGCUUCCCCGCGGACGUGCAGCAGGCGAUCCUGGGCGACCGGAAGCCGCUGACGACGCGGCCGUCCGCGGCGCUGCCGCCCGCGGAUUUCGGCGCGGAGGCCGCGCGGCUCGCGGCGGCGCACGGCCGCCCCCUCGACGCGGAGCGGACCAUGGCGUCCGUGCUCUACCCCAAGGUCUUCGACGACUUCAUGCGCUUCUGCGUCGACGAGACGUGCGUGUCCGUCUACCUGCCCACGCCGGUCUACCUCCACGGCCUCGCCGUGGGCCAGACCGCGCGCCUCGCGUCGCUGCCCGCGCCCCUGGCGAAGCUCGAGUGCGGCGUCGACGCGGUGGACGCCGUCGUCGACGUCGACGUCACGCUGAAGCGCGUCGGCCCGCUCAAGGCCGGCCGCAUGCGCACGCUCGUCUUCGACGUCAACGGCGCCGAGCAGCGCGUCGAGGUCAAGAACCCGGCGCCCGAGGGCGAGUUCGACGGGCCCAUGGCCGACGCCGGCGACGCUGCCCACGUCGCGGCGCCCAUGCCGGGCGCCGUGGACAAGGUCCUCGCGGCGGACGGCGCCGCCGUCGCCGCGGGCGACGACCUCUGCGUCGUCAGCGCCAUGAAGAUGGAGGUCGCGGUCAAGUGCCACCGGGCGGGCACCCUCGCGCUCAAAGUCGACGCGGGCGCCAAGGUCGUCGAGGGCGCGCUCCUCGCGACGAUCAACUAGACCUCGGGUGAGGGGCUUAAGGCACUUGACCUUC